AUGCUAGCGUACCUUUGCACCAUCUCGAAUCAGCGAGCAUACUUUUACCGCGUCCCGUGCGGUACGGUCACAGGUGCUCGGUGGCCUUACGCCAACAGGGCCCUUUGGAACUGGUCUCCGUGUCACAGCAAGCGCUUCUGGUGACCGCCUUCGGUACCAACUCGACAACUGGGAUCAUAGUCUCGAGUCGUAUGCCCGGAUUCCAAUACUGCGCUAUCGGCUCGUAUCGUCAAAGCACGCGCCUUUCCCGCGUCUGGAGGAUCAGGCGUACGCCCGAAUCAACACCUGGAGCCGAAACUGCUAAGUGCUCCUUAAUUCUGUGCAGAUUGGACGAGGCAUUGCACACGUCCGGCUGCUCCAUUUACACGUCGCCCCGCAACGGUUCGGCACAAGUUGCGUACAAUGCAAUCACAAGGAUGGCUUUUGCUCAGCUUUAUCUGGUCGUAACACAUUGCAAGCGGGUCACACGGCCAGCGCACAUUGACCACUGGGCGUCGCAAGAACGAGGCAAAGGAUUUGCCACCUUCCGACAAUGCGCCAGCGCGCGCAAAUCAUCCUCGAUUGCCCUGCUCGGCCCUUUCACUGACGCCUUUGUAACCUUGCAGCCCCCCACUCGACGAUGCGAUGGGUGCGAUUUCCUCGAUUUGCGACGCGGGAUCGCGAUCAGUAAUGCAGCGCCUUCGGCAUCAGCUCGGAUUGUGAGCUUUUCGGUUCAUCGAGUCGCAACAAUCGGCAGUUCGCAGUACAUCGUCAUUGGCGUCCUAAAGAUGAAUUUGGGUCAGAGACGAGAAGGUGCGAGCUCACGAGCGCAGACAGCGCGCCAUUUGCGCUGCCACAGACGCCGCCGUUAUUCUGUGCCUCAUUCUCAACAAGCGAGUGACACGGUGCAGCCGCGUGAGACCAUGAUCAGGACAACGUCCUACAUCCGUCCUGACUGGUAUCGCGUCAGAGCCCCUGCCACGUCUACAUCUUCUGCCUUCCAUCUCCGAGCACUCCGAGCUGAUCGCAGAAGUCUUCUGCCACGACGGGCCUUGCGACGCAAUAAAAAAGGAUCUUGGUCCUUUUUCGGUAUUGCGUGCUGUCGUCACCACUGAAGCAGGACUAAUAGCAAUACGACGCCGAAGUAACACUCUUUGCCAGCCACCACACUGUGUCCUUGCUGAACUCCUACCAAGGACUGCGAGAGUCGAGGAAGGGCAAAGGAGUUUAGUUACCUUUGGCCCGACAGGCUGAGGUACAAAGUGCCAACGGACAGUCUUUUACUCAUAUGGGAUGAGCUCACCUCGGUUGAGCAGACUUGUGGUUGCAAUGCCACAGGCUUUCUUCGUCAUAGCAUCCUUUGCGUGGCUCGAAGCCCAUGUCCUCGUGGCAUGAUUCAGGCACUCAAAUGCGCCAUUGCGUCCAGGUAUGAUCAAACGCGCCUGCGGUGAAGGCGAUCAGAACCUAGGCUGCGUGCUAUAUAGCGCCCCUGAAAUCGACGCCCCUCGCAAUGAUCCCACAACACCCUCAACAAGCUCCUCCUGCGCUUUCAUCUACUACACGAUUUGCGCACGCACAAGCUCAUUGCGUCUCUCCCACAUCCCUUGGCUUCGAUCUGCAUUCCUGAGCGGUGCCUCGUCGCAGUGUCCCACCAUCUUCUCGUCGCACAUUUGAGCCUCUUGCGGCAAGUCGACGGUCCACCAAGCAGUCCCACUUUGCAGUCUCGACCAACAU